UUGCCCCCUUGGCAGGGAAUUCUCCAGCUUCGUUAAAAAUGAGGCGCAGAUCGACCAUUGGCCUGAGGGGCUCCCCCGAAAACAACACCCUGAUCCGGUACCUGGCCCAGCAGAGGAGCAGGAGGCAAAAAGAAGCUUUUACCCAGAUUAGUCCUUUUAAACAUGCAAAUGUCAGGGCGUUGAAGGACAAGAUUGAAACCUUCCAAACAUCUUUUGAAUCCCUCCAAGAAGCUGAAGGGGAAACUGGGCUGUCCCAUGGGGAGGAUUCUCAGGAAGGAGGCUCUUCUCAGAACAAAGUGCCUCUUAAAAAGGACCCAGACCUGGAGCAGUGGAGUGAAAAGUUCAUGUGGGACAACAGUGGAGCUGAUUUGAAGGAGAACUGCAGGGAAAAUGUGACCGUGAACAGCAAAUCUGACCCCUGGAUCUGCAGCAUCUUGUCCCCAAACCCAGCUGUGACUCAACCUGCUGCUCCAAAGGAAUGGGUUUAUGGGCAAAAAAACCCUCCCGAGUCCUUGGAGACUGUUGCAGUUGGAGACACCUUGGAAAGAGGCCACGUUUUCAGGUCUGAGCACACCCCUGCUGACACCACAAGCGCUGUCGCCUCAGAUCUGAGCAGAAGGAAGGUUGGCUUUGUGGAAGGGCUGAGCCUGGGGGUGUUUGAGGACAGCAAAGCCCUCGUCACCCCACCUGCCACCCCCCAGGGAACAGGGACUGCUCCCUUCAGUGACCUCACCCAGAGCGGCUCCCUGAGGUCCAUCCUGAAGAAAACCCCAACGAGGCAACUCCUGGACAGCCCCAAGGAAUACUUGAACGAUGCAGUUGGCAGAGAUGAAUCUGUCCCAGUCUCCUACUGUGAAAAAACCUUUGAAGCAUCAGACACAGACAACACCGACAGUCUGGACUUCAGGACUCCAAGGAAGAAAAAAGUCACUUUUGGGGAAGUUCUGAGCCCCGAAAUCUUUGACCAGACGCUGCCUGCAAACACCCCCCUGCGCAGAGGAGCCUCCCCAGGCCUGAGCUCCAGCCCUGCUCCAAGGCCAGGCUUAACUGCACAACCUCCCCCCAGGCUGCAUUUUGAUUGUGAUGAUGAAUGUGUUGAGCCUCCCCAGCACUUCCUGGAGGCUUCUUUUGCUGCAGAAGACCCUUCCCCUGUUGAAAAUGCAGAAGCACCAACUGACAAGCCCAACACGGUAAAAACUUGUUCUUCUGCUAAAAGGAAGCUGAGAGCCGAGUCAGGGCAGGCUGAUUGCAGCCCCUCAGGAGCCUCCAGCACCAGGAGUGCUGAAAACAGGGAAAAUCCCAGGAGGAACAAGACCCAGAGACAGAAGAACCCACCCACCUCUGCUCCCAGAAAGACCCAGAGGACAAGACAGACAAGCUUUGGCAAAAGAAGAAAGAGAAAAGCCAAAAAACCUUUAUAUGGGGAGAGAGAGAUGGCUUCUAAGAAACCCCUCCUCAGCCCUAUCCCUGAAAUCCCAGAGGUUUUCUCUUCUGGCUCGUCCCCAGACUCACCAAAGGCACAGGGGCUUUUUUCAGGUGGUGCAGUUGCAGUUAAUCCCGAAUCCUGGAAUGCUGGCAAGGCUGGCCAGGAGCAGGCAGUGGUGGAAGGGCUGGGAGGGGAGAUCAUCAUCCCUGCAGCUGAUGUGAAUCCAAGCUCCUGGCACCUGGACAUGGCCUCAUCCAGGGAUGGCACCUUCCAGGUGUCCCAGGCUGGCCUGGAGGCCGCUUGUGGCUCUGCUCAGGAGCUUCCAAACGGUGUGCCAGAUGCAGAGGGUGGUUUUGACACAGCUGAGGAUUUCCAGCAAGGUGAAGAGGCUGCAUGUGAAAAUGAAGCAGAAGAGAGUAGUUCCUUGAGAGAAAAUGAGCAGCUCCAGGGAAAUCUCCUGGAAUUUCUGGAACAACAGCCCACUGAUGUCCACGAGGGUGCCCACAGAACUCAGUGCCCUCAGACAGCUUCUCUAAGUGGCAGCCCAGCAAGAAGAAGAGGAAGAAGAAGCAGCAGUGCCAUCUACUUUCCUCCUGUUGAAAACUUGGAAAUAACUGGGACUGACCUCCCAGUCUCAUCCUAUAACGUGGAGGAAGUUUUGUCUGUUCCCAGAGUUCCCUUCCAGCCUUCCCAGAGGAGGAGCGGCACCAGCGGGGACACCAGAGUGAGGCGCAGCACGAGGCUGAGCAGAGAGGCAGGGAGGGAGGGCCUGGUGUGGAUUCAGCUCCCCAGAGACAUCCCAAAGGAGCCUCCCCUGCCAGCUGCUGCUCCCAGAUCCAGGAGGAGACUCAGCACGUCCAGCCAGGAGGGAUUUGGGAAUGUUCACCCCGCAGAGCGGGAGCCCAGCCCGCUGUCGGCCCUGGGGAAGGAGAACGAGGACUCUGCUCGUCGUGCUGAGGGUUCUGGCAGAAGGGGGAGGAGGAAAAGUGCACCCACACCUCCUCCAGAAACAUCUUGAGCUCAAACCCAGCAGAGGAGAAUCACAAAUCCUGUAAAUAAGAGGGACAGAAAUAGCACAAAACGCUCUGAGGAAGCAGAAAUUCCUCUUGAGGUGACACUCAGCGAGGUUUUAUCUCUCUCUGAUUUCCUGAAGAUCAGUAUCAGAGUUUUACAUUCUCUCUCAAGUGCUGUUUUCUCCUCUCUUCCACUUUUAGUUCCUUAUUAAUUUUCUGCAUACCUUAGAGCUAAUUUUCCUUGUCUUGAUGCCUCCAAUGCUUAAAGGUCAGACCUGUGGGGAAGGCCUGCUUGGCUCAGGGGGUUGGUCUGGUACAGCUGUGGCAGGUAAUCAAGAGAAUAAAAAAAUUCUUCACUCAUGA